CCAUUCUUUCCUCGUCCUCAUCACACAUCCCCCAGCCCAGCUCGAUUAACACGUAAGCAAAGCAAGCACAUACCCAUCACCAGUCAUGGGCAAAAAGAUCUCCGCCGCACCCGCUCCCGCAGCCGCGCCUGCCAAGGCCAGCAAGGACGGCAAGAGCAAGAGCAAAAAGGACAAAAGUACCACCAGCGCAGCACCCCCUGCGCCUGCACAGCCUAGCGGCAAAAAGACAGCUGGUAAGAGCAAGAAGAUUGAAAAGGAGCAGACCAGUAGCAGCAGUGAGAGCGACGAGGACGACGACUCGAGCGACAGCGACUCAAGCGACGAGGAGAAAGAGGAGGCCGCCAAGCCCGCCGCCAAGGCAAACGGCAGCAGCAAGGCAAAGGCAACAGCCACCGCACCCGCCGCCAAUGGCAAGAAGGCUGCCGCUGCCGCCGAGAGCUCCUCCGAGUCGGAUUCUGACUCAGACGCGAGCGAUGACGACGACAAGAAGGACGUGAAAAAGGCCCCCGCCAAGGCCAACGGCAAGGCCCCUGUUGCCACCAAGAAGGAAGAGGAGAGUGACAGUGACGACGACUCGGACGACGGUGACAGCUCAGAUUCCGACGACUCUUCUGACGAUGACGAGAGCGAGGACAAGGUCGUCGCUCCUGCCGCUGCUGUUGAGAAGAGCGACAGCGACGACUCGGAUGACGAUGACGAGAAAAUGGAGGACGCCAAGCCAGUCGCGCCGGCAUCUAAGAAGCGCAAGGCGGCCGACGACGCCACUGCUGACGCCGACACGAGCGGUACCAAGAAGAGCAAAACUACGCCAGAGACAGAAUUGGCCGAAGGCGAGACAUGCCAGCUGUGGGUCGGCCAGCUAAGCUGGAACGUCGACAACGACUGGCUCUCGUCCGAGUUUGGCGCGUACGGCACGGUAGUCAGCGCGCGUGUGCAGCUUGACCGCGACACCGGCAAGUCGCGCGGCUUUGGCUUUGUCCAGUUCGCCACACCCGCCGAGGCACGUGCUGCACACGCCGCCGCCACUAGCGGGCUCGAGAUCGAUUCGCGGCGCGUUAACGUCGACUUCUCGUUCCCCAAGCCCGCGGCGGAGCGACCCGCGGCUCGCGCCCGUGCGUUCAACGACACGCGCUCCGCGCCAUCAUCCGUCCUCUUCGUCGGCGGCCUCGCUUUCGCCGCGUCCGAGGAUGAUGUCUGGAACACGUUUGCCACGCAUGGUGAAAUCGCCAGCGUGCGCAUCCCCACCGACCAGGAGUCUGGUCGCCCCAAGGGCUUCGCAUACGUCGAAUUUGCGACGCAGGACUCCGCCACCAGCGCGCUCGAAGCGCUUAACGGCUCCACUGCCAUCCACGAUCGCCCCAUUCGCCUCGACUACGCGCCGCCCCGCGCUGAGCGCAGCGGCAACGAUUCGUCGCGUGGCGGUGGACGCGGUGGCGGACGUGGCGGCGGACGUGGUGGCGGACGCGGCGGUGGACGUGGCGGCGGACGCGGUGGCGACCGUGGCGGUGCCCGUGGUGGUGGACGCGGCGGCGGACGCGGCGGUUUCCAGUCCCGCUCCGACGGUGGAUGGGCCGGGCGCAGCGUGCGCACUGGUGCCAUCGCCGAGCCAAGCGGCAAGAAGAUCUCUUUCGACUAGACACCGAGUUCCGCGUUUCUGCAUUUGUCUCCUCUGCGAAGCUUGUUCCCUCAUCCCCAUCUCCUGCUGGCACCGCACCCACUUUAUAGACUUAAUCUCUACUCUGUAUGCACUUCGAACGCGCGACACCCGCUUGCUCUCGCACCACACUGGUGUCCUCGUCCGUGCUGGAGACAGAACCCGCUGCUGAUGGACGCACACGCAAAGACAACCACCCAAAAUGUACCAUAUGGCAAAGAACCUGACUGAUCCAUAAUCAUUC